AUGCUAGAAAAAGCCACAGACGAGGGAAAUUCCGAUGCCCUGAGUCACCAACGACAUGAGUUCGACCUUAUUGAAAAUGCAGUGGAAGAGGAUAGGAAACACAUCAUCUCGAACGUCGAGACCAUCAAGGAAAAGGCAAACUUCUUUCGAGCUGAGAUAAGAAAACUGGAUAAAACAUCUAAGGAUGCGGAAAUGAUUAUCGAAACCGCUAAACAAGAAGUGUCUGAGGCAGCUGAACUUGUGAUCACAAAGACACGACAGCAAAAAAAACAACUGUUAGAGUCCCUAGAAAUGACGCGUAGGAAGAGAACAGAGCAAAUUAACUCGGCUAAACAAAAACUGGAAUCUCUAGUGAAAGAAAUAAACCAAGCAGCUGAGUUUGCAGAGAAUCUGGUGCAGAGAACCUCAGAUUUCAAAUUGGGUUUUAUUCAACUCAACGAGGAUGCGGGAAACGCAGCUAAAUCAACUCUAGAAGGAUUGGAUCAAACUUUUCAAGCUGGUGUAGAAGUAGAGUUAACGUUAUGUCCAACACCUUCUGGAGCAGAGAAUAGUUACCAGGUUGCUCUUAAAGAUCAAGUUGAAUUGCUAAUAAAACCCGCCAAAGAUGUAACAAACGUAAUUGUCCAAGAAAAAGAAGAUGGCAAUAUUAGGCUGAAGUUUUCACCUAAAGAGCCUGGCGCCUACAGCGUUGAGGUGAAGAUUGAUGGCGAAAAGCUUCCGACCUGUCCGUUCACUUUGCCAGUGAAAGAACGUGAACUUGUCGUUGUCGGUGAGUUGAAUUUACAUUUUAUUAAAGGGCAAGAGUUAAAGGGAUCAAGUGGAAUCGCUGUAAACAAGCAAGGAGACAUAGCCGUUGUAGAUAAUCUUGGACACUGUGUUUUUGUAUUCAACAAAGAAGGGAACUGUUUGAGACAAAUCGGAAAAGAAGGAACAGAUCCUGGACGAUUCAAAUAUCCCACCGGCGUGUCGUUUUUGAACGACAACGAAAUUCUUAUUGCAGAUCAAUUAAAUGAUAGAAUACAACACAUAAAUAUCAAAACACAAACUGUUUUGAAAAUCUUUGGACAAAAAGGUGAGGGAAAAGGACACUUACAGAAACCACUUAACAUUUUCUUUGAUGAUACAAAACGUCUUAUUGUCACUGAAAGCAAAAAUCAAAGAGUUCAAGUUAUGUCAAAAGAGAGCGAAACUAUGUUCACAAUAGGCGACAAUGGACCAGAGAAGCUUAGCAAACCAUACAGCUGUAUUUCUUACAAAGACAUUUUCCUGGUAUCUGAAAGAUACAACCAUUGCAUAAAAGCAUUUGAUUCGUUAGGAACGUUCUUGUUCGAGUUUGGAGAAAAAGGGAAACAAGACGGACAGUUCAACACACCCCGUGGCAUGUGUUUAGACGGGUCCAAUAAUCUUCUUGUUUGUGACUGUGAAAAUAACAGAGUCCAGCAAUUUUCUUUAGACCGUCACUUUACAGUGGAAGAAAAUAGGAAACACAUCAUGUCGAACGUUGAGACCAUCAAGGAAAAGGCAAACUUCUUUCGAGUAGAGAUAAGAAAACUUGAUAAAACAUCUAGGGAUGUGGAAAUGAUUAUCGAAAUCGCUAAACAUAAAGUGUCAGAGGCAGCUGAACAUGUGAUCACAAAGACGCGACAGCAACAAAAACAACUGUUUGAGUUCUUGUUGCAGAUCUACUAA